UCUCCCGUCUUCAAAGUAGUCUCCUCCCCCUUGCCUCUGCCCUAUACUCUCUGGCCAAAAUGCUUCCAUUUUCCAUCCUCUUCCUCUCUCUCCUCCUCCUCUCCCCAAUCUCCUCCACCGCUGUUCCCAUCCUGGGGCUCGACUCCUUCAUGUCCCACCAAUCACGUCUGGACCCCACCGCAUCCAACGACUCCUAUCUCUCACUCCCUUCCCCUCUCAAAUCCGCCCUCUCCCACCUCUCCACCUCCCUCAAUCCUUCCUCCCUUCUCUCCUUCUCCAUCUCCAUCCCUAUCCACAUCAAGCUCGUUGGUGGGUCCUUCCCCCCCGACGCGGACCACCUCCUCUCCACCUUCAUCCACGCCGUUCAGUCUUCCGAUCUCUUCCACGUCAUCGGCCCCAACCCCACCUAUCACCAUCUCUCCGUCCGUCACUCUCUCAACCUCGCCGUCUCCCAAUCCUCUCUCCUCUCAUCCCAGAUCUCGGACGCUAUCGGCUCCGAGAUCGCUGCAUCCGUCUCUAACUUUCGGUCCACACUCCACGCCGUCCCUUUCUCCACCGUCGAUCGCAUCAUCAAACAGGACUUCGACAAGGAGAAGUCGGUCCAGGGCUUCUACAUCUAUCUCCUCAAUUUGAAUCAGCAAUCGAAGCGUUACGCAUACUCUUACUCCCCGAGUGGGGAAUCGUCACCCGCCUUCACGCGCUGCUUGGGGAGUCUUUGGACUGGGAAGGAUCGAUAUCUGUGGAUUGAUCUUGCUGCCGGUCCUGUCGACUACGGCCCGGCCAUAUCUGGUGAGGGUGUGCUUCCACGCGGGGAAUUCCAUCCCCUUACUUCACUGCACGGACGCCCCAAAUCACAGAAGGCUCUGAUCGCCGACCUGGCUUCUCUCGUCUGGAGCGCUUACCAUGUACUUCUCGUACCUUCUCUGAGAAUUCCUGUCUUUUUCGAGAACUCGCUUUUAGUUCAGUUUAUUCAUGUCCAUGGAUCUGACGGCCGGGAUUCGAGAGGUUUGGAUUGGAAGACGAUUGAGAGGACAUUUAUGGAUGAGGUUCAUGAUGGCGGGUUAUUGUUCCGGGACCAAACGCUGCGGUUCAAGACUUACGAAGUCAGUUUUUCUGAUUGCCCUGUAUGUUUAUUUGCAAUUUCUCGAUCAACGAAUUUCUACACGUCGAGGUUCUUGUUCGAUAAUUAUACACUGAUUGUGAAUGAGUAUUUGGAUUCGAAGCGCUUGCAUCAAAUACUGUCAGAUUCAGCCAAAGAGCUGCAUAAGUCGGCACAGAUCCCGGAUGAAGAUUUUGGAAGGAUAUUGCCUGUUUAUGUAUUUGAUUUGGAUUAUGAUAAGCUGUUGUUGCUCGAUCGCUAUCACCAAGCGGUCGCUUUUAGAGAUAUGGUGAUUGCAGUUAGGACUAGGAGCUCUCAGACAGUGAGCGAUUAUAGCUGCAAUGGUCGGCAUGUGAUCACGCAAGCCCGUGAGCUGGAAAGACCGAUUGUGGGUUCGAUUCUGCAGAGUAUGUGGGGUGUCUCACCGACCCAUUUGACCUGGAGCCCAUGGCAUAAUAGCACGUUGGUGGAUUAUACGUGGAGUAUCGGACAGACUCCUUUCGGGCCGUUCUCAGAGUCUCUGUCUCUGUCAUUCGUGCAGAAGGAUGCGGCCCAGAGGAAUGUGCUUCUGACAGCUUUGAAUUACUCAAUUAGUAGCGGCAUUGACAUGCUUGAAUCUGUGGCUGGGCAUGGUGGGGACAGGCGUCUACUUAAAGGGAGCAGGCAUGUUGAGUUUGUACAGAGAUGGAAUUUACUCAAGUACAAGUUGGACAAAGCUGUUUCUGCAAUGUCUCAUUUGGAUUAUGAAUCUGCUCUGUUUUUCUUGAGGUCUUCUGACCAUGAUCUGUUUGCCAUUCAUACGCUCGUUUAUCAGGCAUCACAGGAAUUGGAAGCUUCGCUUGUUUGUUUCAAGGAUCCACCAUUUCCAUGGGCCUCGGCUUCAAUGGCUGUGGUGGUUUUGUUUGCUUUCUUUUAUGUUUACACAAAAAGAGACCGGAUCUUUAGAAACAAGAGAAAGCAGUUUUGAUGUUUUUGAAGGAACGGAUGUUUGUAUCGGUUCUGUUAACAUCAUACUACCCUUGUGUUCUUUUAAGAGAGGUAAGUUGUUGAAUGGAAUUUAGGAUGUUAUUUGAGUAGGA